UUCAUCUUUUCCCCCCGCCUCCGCACUUCAAAACUUCCGCUUCGAUCUAAUCCAUCUCCUUCAACGCUACCCACAUCGGAUCUCACACUGCGCGCGAUCAUGACGGAUUUCAAAUUCGCAAACUCUUCCGAAAAGGUUCCUGGUGACGGGAACCUCCCCGCCGAGUUCUCCAUCAAAGCGAGCCCUUCAACCGACAUUUGGGCCAAACCUCCUUCCACAAAGUCUUUCAACGCGCCCAUCCUGUACAGAAGCGUGCCAGUGCAAUCCUUCAAGAGGGCCAGGGUCGCAUUCAAUGCCCUCUGGAAACACAAGUAUGACCAGGGAGGCGUGAUCCUGGUCCUCAAUGGUGCCGAUGGAACUCGAAAAUGGGUCAAGUCCGGCAUUGAGCUUGCCAACGGCAGGCCACACCUGAGCACUGUCGCCAAGGACCGUUGGGCGGACUGGAGUCUGCAGCCUGUGCCGUCAGGUGGUGGAGCGGCCACCCUGGAGAUUGUCCGAGAGUCGGAUAACAGCUUAUGGAUCUAUCUGGUUGAGGGCGUUCAGAAGUCUCCCCUUCGAGAGGUGACCUGGUUCUUCGAAGACACAAACGUGCAAGACCUUUGGAUCGGGCUUUAUGCAGCGAAACCUUCGGACGAAAAGGAGGAUCUGGUAGUCAACUUCGGCCACUUGAUUAUCGAUUCGGCUGAGUGAGGGGUUUCAUGAGAUCUGUGGCUGAAUGUAAUCUUGACGUUGUCCUACACAUGGAUGUGCCUGUGAAGAGGAAUGGUAGGUCUGUCGCCAACCAUGAUAUGCAAAAUUUGUGAGGUAUGCAACUCAUUUCCGAGGCAUUUCCCCAAGCCCAUUCGAUGCAAGACAUGGCA